AUGUUACCGCGAUCGACUCAACGUCUGGCCAGCCAGCUGCGGCCCCUACGAUCAUUACCUACUCCUGUAUCACAAGCUUCUGUGAGAGCACAAUCUCGUUGCUUCGCCACGACUCGACUCAGACUAUCAUCUGCUACGAAGCCUCCUGCUUCCGCUUCCGAUAAAGCAAAAGCUGCGCCAAGACAUCCUGGAGCCUACUUCACAGCUCUGCUCGCCGGAGCAGCAUCCUGCUGCAUUGCCUAUGGCUUGGUGCAGCAAUCUCCUACACGACUCGAUGCUUUCCACGCUGAAAGUGAUUCCGACCUACACGGAUCCUCGCUGCCCUGCUACCGCAUCAAUGAAGUGCGCAAGCACGAUGCACACUCCGAUCAUCCUUGGGUCAUUCACCGCGAUAAAGUAUACGACAUCACCGAAUGGAUAGGUGCGCAUCCAGGUGGCGAUGUUAUCCUUCGUGCUGCAGGUGGUUCUAUCGACAAAUACUGGGACAUCUUUUCCAUCCACAAGAACGACUACGUCUAUGAUAUUUUGAAUCAAUACCUAAUCGGCUAUGUCGCCCCAGAAGAUUUGGUCGAUGGCAAACCGUCACAAGAUGAGAUCGAAGAUCCUUUUGCUGAUGAUCCUGCACGACAUCCGGCAUUGGUGACCAUGACGGCAAAACCUAGGAAUGCAGAGACUCCUGCCUAUGCUAUGACCAACGAAUUCCUUACUCCUAACGACCUGUUCUACGUGCGCAACCACAUGUGGGUGCCCAAAAUCGCUGAGAACGCCAACAAUCACAAUCUCACGAUAGAGCUUCCUGAUGGCACCACAAAAGAAUACACUCUUGGCGACCUCAAGUCACGCUUCAAGUCCCACAAAGUUACUGCGGCCCUUCAAUGCUCUGGAAACCGCCGCCGUCACAUGAACGAAGGAUCAGGAAGAAAGACAAACGGCCUCCCAUGGACAACAGGAGCCAUAUCUAAUGCUUGCUGGGAAGGCGUCCUGCUUUCUGACGUACUGGCGGAUGCGGGUUUCGACGUUCGCUCAGGCUUGACGGGUGAGUCUGAAGCUAAACAUGUCCAGUUCAAUGGCUUGGAAGCAUACGGCGCAUCAAUCCCAAUCAAGAAGGCCAUUGACCCCCAAGGCGACGUGAUACUUGCUUACGGGAUGAACGGCCAGGCGCUACCGCGUGACCAUGGAUUUCCGUUGCGCGCAAUUGUCCCAGGACAUGUGGCUGCGCGAUCCGUAAAAUGGCUGAACCAUGUCACCCUCAGUGAUGAAGAGAGCACAUCUCAAUGGCAGCGACGUGAUUACAAGUGCUUUGGACCAAACCAAACACAAGUGGAUUGGGAUAAAGCACCUGCGAUCCAGGAAAUGCCUGUCCAGAGCGCAAUAACGACCUGCAAACUUGGCGACUGGACAAAGAACAAUAAUACUUAUACCAAGCCCGCUUCAUUGACAGGCUACGCAUACUCGGGCGGUGGUCGCGAAAUUGUCCGCGUUGACGUCUCUGCAGACAAUGGCAAGACCUGGUCCCAGGCUUCUAUCAUCCCCGACUGCUCUACUAAAGAAGGCGAGCAAUCUCCCUGUUUUGGUCACGCAGCGUGGGCGUGGCGAAGGUGGAAGUUUGAGGGUCCAGUGCCGCUGGACGCUUUCGAGGUAACAGAGCCCGGAAAGCGUUGCGCUACCUUUGUCGUGAAAGCCACGGAUGAAGCGUACAACACGCAACCAGAGAGUUAUGCGGCGACAUGGAAUAUUCGGGGAAACCUUGCUACUGCGUGGCAUCGAGUCAAGGUUUGUGACGAGAGUCCUGUUGAGGCAGUCACCGAGCGCGACAGUUCUCGGCAAUAG